GCUUCUGAUUGAAGCAUAGUUGAUUAAUUGAUUGAUUUUAUUUACUGGGAGGAGUUUGAGCACAAGAUUCUUUCGUUCUUUUGCAGGCGUCACAUGAUGGCAAAGAGGUUUUCUUCAUGUUGCAAGUUGACGGGGAUUACACAUAUUCUGAAGGAUUCAGUAACAAGACUGCAUCAGUUGCUUUUAUGUUCCAAAUUGGUGAAAAUGCAUCUUAUCAUAGAAUGGGAGGAUGUGAAGAAGGACCUGAUACUUGCACGAACAAGUCAUGCAAGGGCCAUGAAGUUGACCUUAUGCAUUUCUCAAUAGGAAAGGCGGCAAUUCCUGGAAGACUCUAUGGAGGGAACCUGGUAGACAACAGUGAGGGAAAUGGGGGUGACAGGUUUGGUCAUUUGGUUGAUCUAUAUGGUUGGAACCCACACUGCCGUUAUUUAGAUGGCUUUGGUCCUUCAGCGAAUGAUACUAGUGCUCAGAAUGAUUGGAAAGGAACAUGGUGGCACAGUAGCUUGACUCACUCUGGUUUUGUUAAGGAUGACAGCCCAUAUUCGUCCAGCAACCAAUCCGGUGCAUAUAAUUUUGAAUUUUCCAGGCCGCUGAGAACAAUGGAUCGCCUUCAACAGGAUGCUCAGUUCACAAUUGGCAAAACAAGUAAAAUGUCUGUGGCAUUUUGGUACCCUGUGGAUGGAAAACCGUGGCACGGGUCUGGUCACUUUUCAAUUAGCUGCGAGUGGAUACAGUUGGAUAUCUGGCCAGAUAGUUCUGAGCUGACCAAGGUGCCACAGAGAAGUCCUUGGGAUGCUGCUACAGCAUUCUCUCUUCUCAUUUCAGUAGUGGCUUUUUGUAUAUCCGUCUUUGUUGGGCAUAGAGUCUCAAGAACCAACAACAACAUCCCUUUUACACCGAUGAACGAUCUUUAAAACUGGGGGCUAGUUCCUGCAGAUGGGGAAAAAAAAAAAACAAUUUGCAACUAUUUUCUUCCUAUAACUAGUCAACUAGGUAAUACGUGUGCAUUCUUUUUCCAAGAUUCUUUAUUUUACACUUACAAUUGGAAUUCAUGGUGAGACAAGCUUUUUAGCUUUUGUGGUGAUGUCGGAAGUUCAUUCUUAUAUAUGCUCUAAUUUCUACUGUUGCUCAACAACAGUUGAUCCUAUAUAUAAUCUGAGUUUUUUCCCAAGCA